AUGCGCGACUGCGAAGCCUGCGGCAGGCAGUUUCCUCAACGUCUUGUGCAGAUUCUGUUAAGCGUCGCGCCCACCUGGCCAUCCGUAUUCUGCACUUUUUGGCAGGCUUACAUAUUCAGUCCUUGCCUAUAUUACAUCCGAUUUUUCUUUAAGAAAGGGAUCUAUUACCGGGUCCACAGGCCGCGGGAAGUGCUUUCCAAGGUCGAACGUGAUGCGCUUAGAGAACUCAAGGCCGACAAAGACUUGGCCAUCGUGCCAGCGGACAAGGGGCGCUCCACGGUUGUGCUGGACAGGACAGACUACCUUCAAAAAGCCAAAGGUUUGCUGGAGGAUCGACAGUUCUAUGUCCCAUGUGCAACGAACCCUAUAAAAGCGCUGACACGCGAAAUCAAUGUUACGUUGUUGGCCUUGGAGAACUCAGGUGCAAUAACACCGACCGACAGACGCAUGGCGAGAUCCCAAGAUACGGCUUUGGGCCGAUUCUAUGGCCCCCCUAAGGUGCACAAAGACGGCGCUCCUCUCCGACCCAUCGUGUCGCUCAAAGGUACUCCAACGUACGGAAUGGCUAAGUGGCUGUUCCGACGUCUCAAGUUCCUGACCGCUGAGUCAGACACCACGGUCUCUUCGUCAGCAGAAUUCCUGGAGAAACUCAAAGGGGUAAGCCUCCAUCCAAAUGAGGUCAUGGUAUCUUUUGAUGUUACAUCCCUUUUUACUUCUAUUCCCCAGGACCUGGCGAUCGAGACAAUCGAGCUGCUUCUACAAAGCAAAUACGAUGAAACGGAGAACCGUCUUGGACACGCUCAAGUCCUUCAGCUCCUGAAGUUCUGUCUCAGGACGUACUUCACGUUCGACGGGACAAUCUACGAACAGGUGAAGGGCACACCAAUAGGUUCGUCGAUUUCGGGAUUCAUCGCCGAGGCGGUCCUGCAACGGUUAGAGUCGCUGGUCUUCCAGCACCACAAACCGACGUUCUGGGCCCGGUAUGUGGAUGAUACCUUCGUCGUUAUCGAUCGGGAUCAACUGCUGACAUUCAAGGAACGUCUGAAUGCGGUCUUCCCGGACAUACAAUUUACGAUGGAGGAGGAAGAGAACAACCAGCUGGCCUUCCUGGAUGUCCUCGUAUGCCACAAGGAUUGUGGUGGACUAAAGACCAAAGUGUUCAGGAAAGCGACAAAUACGAUGCAAGUACUGAACUUAAACAGCAACCACCCAAUCAGUCACAAACGCAGUUGUGUAAGGACGCUCUAUCGGCGUGUCGAAACACACUGCAGUGAGCCGGAAGACAAGAUUGCUGAACUACAAUACCUCCGACGGGUAUUCAAAGCCAAUGGCUACCCGAGCAACUUUGUCAACCGAUGCAUACGCAAAAUGGACGAAAGGCCUAACCGCAGGGACACCAAAGUUUGGCGAGCGCUUCCAUAUGUCAAGAACGUUUCGGAAGCUGUUGGCCGCCUUCUCGCCCCGCUGGGGGUUGGAGUUGCACACAGGCCAGAGGCAACCAUCAGGCGUCAAUUGAUGAAACCAAAAGACCCACUGCCACGGCAAGAAACGUCUGGAGUCGUUUAUCGGAUCUGGUGCAGUUGCGGACAAAGCGACUACGUCGGAGAAACCGGAAGACAGCUCCGAACGCGAAUGGCCGAACACGCUGCAGCAGUGCGGAGAAAUGACGUCAACUCUCAAGUUGCGGCUCAUUCGACGGGUUCCGGCCACACAUUCAAAUUUGACGAAGCCGAAAUUCUCGCAAGAGGUGACAACCGCGUGAUCCGGGAGCUGCUUGAGUCAUGGUUCACUGGCCCCCAGUCUAUUAACAAGUGCAAUGAUCUUCCCAUUCAAUACAGCGUGCUGAGACUUCGUCUAGGCGGAGAAAUUGGCCACGCGGGGAGCGCCCCGGAUGAACACUCUUCCCAACACCCGGGUCAGCACGUCAGAUGGUCGAGCAAGCAUCACACCAACAUCCAACCCACGUGA